AGAAGUCGCAACUCCCAUGCCAAUCCCAUCAUUCACAGAAUCAGAACCAGACUGCCUUUUCAUUCCCACACACCUCUCUCUCUCUCUCUCUCUCUCUCUUCCACCACGCUCAACCCAAACUCCACUCGAUUUCAUCUUCAUCUUUCUCCCCAAAUCAAAUAGACGGCGAUCAGAUGUCGAUCAGAAGUGUGAAAGUAAGCAAUGUGUCAUUAGGUGCGACUGAACAAGACAUCCAGGAGUUCUUUUCCUUCUCUGGGGUAAUUGAAUAUGUUGAAAUGAAGAGUGACAAUGAACGAUGUCAAAGUGCAUUUGUCACUUUCAAGGAUUCGCAGGGUGCAGAGACUGCAGUUCUUCUUUCGGGAGCUACAAUAGUUGACCAGUCAGUUACCAUUGCCCUGGAACCAGAUUAUGUGAUGCCAGCUGCAGCAUCAGCAUCAUUUGCUGCAUCAGAAAAAAAUGAUGCAGGGUUUGGUGCUGCAUCUGCUGUCCAAAAAGCAGAAGACGUUGUAAGCAGCAUGUUAGCCAAGGGUUUUAUCUUGGGGAAGGAUGCUGUUAAUAAAGCAAAGGCUUUUGACGAAAAGCACCAGGUGAUAUCCACGGCUACAGCCAAAGUAGCAUCAUUGGACCAAAAGAUUGGUUUGAGCGAGAAAAUUACUAUAGGAGCAACCAUUAUGAAUGAUAAAGUUAAGGAAGUGGACCAGAAGUUUCAGGUUUCUGAAAAGACAAAGUCAGCUUUUGCUGUUGCGGAGCAGACUGUGAAUACUGCUGGAUCUGCUAUCAUGAAGAACAGAUAUAUUCUGACUGGCGCUUCAUGGGUUACUGGUGCUUUCAGUAGGGUAACUAAAGCUGCUGAAGAAGUUGGGCAGAAAACGAUGGAGAAAGUGGCUGAAGAAGAACAUGGAAGAAAUGUAUCUGAAGGUUAUGCUCAACUCGACAGCACUGACUCCCCAAAAGCUGCUACAAGUGAUAACAGGCCCCCGAAAGCUGCUGCAAGUGAUGACAGGCCCCCUUCUCCAAAGGGCUUGAUUCUCUAAAUUUUGGGCUGCCUGCUUUUUUGUGUGUCUACGAAGCUGAAUCCUUUUACUAGAAACUAAUUGCUAUUUAUAUGUUUGGUAAUUGGCUGAACAAGACGUAUCUGUUCAUCACUGUGGUCUUCCAUUUUGGUAAUAGCAUGUUAUCUAUACCUUGCGUGGUGUCUUUACUUGUAA